AAAAAAAAAGGAGGGCUGGAGCUGAGGCAAGGUUACCCAAAGUGGUGGUGAUUGUUUAGAGCAACAUGAGGUAACAAGGUGGAGCACUCCUCAGACUCUUGGCCAGUUGUGCUACUCACUAUCUACUGCAAUUGCGGAAGAUUCUCUGACAAGCACUGAGAGACACAUCUAUUUGUGUGUGCAACAAUAAGAUGUCUGCCCAUGUUUCAUUUUGAGACCAUGUAUCUCUGUGUUGACAUGCACACAGUAAGAAGGAUGAACUCAAGGGGCUCCAGGCCCUUGGAUGGUGAUGAGCAGUCCAGCACCCUGCUAGGAGAUAGUCACAGUUUAUUCAUGGCAGCAGCAACUUCCCCAUCCUUGGUCCCGAGGGAGGCUCCUGAGAGUGCUCAGGCACCCUGGAUUCCUCUCUGCCUGCAGAUUCCUCCCAGUGGUGACCAAGUAAUGUGAGUCUGAGCAGAGCAGUAUUUAACCUGUACAGAAAGAACCAUCCUGGGAUCCAGCUGGGAUCUUUGAGAAUUCUGAGAAUGACAACAUUGGAGAUGAGGAACUGACCUAGCCUCCCUGUUCAUCUUCAGCUUUGUUACUAGCCUCUUCCUGGACCUGACCUGGGCUGGUGGGUGAAGAAAAACUUCAGAGGUCAUGGGAGAUGAGCAGGGGACACCUUAGGAAAUUUGUAGGAAUACGUAAUAAUGACCAAAGCCAGAGUAUCUCAGGGAUCAAUACUCAGCACUGACCUGCACACUGAUGUUUCUCCCACAGGAUUUGGUAGCCUGAGUAACAAAAAAUUUCUUGUAUAAGCCCUUUUUCUGCAAAAGUCCAUGAGUUGGCCACAUCUGGGGCUCUAUGGGCUCCAACCUCUGGUCCUUGAACUUCUAUAGCAUCCCAUAAUACUCACAUAAAACGGUCAGCAAUGGAUCUCUGAAGACAGGCUCUGCGAUAUGUUCCUAUUUGAGCAACAUGGGACCUAUAAUCCUGUGUGAAGAGCCCGGUCCAGCGUCUAAGAACCCAGAACACCACAAGGGCAAACAAUGAAUCCUUCAGCUUCAACCCAAAAAUACAGCUUCUUAGCAGCAAGGGAGAGCAUGGACCACGGGCUCGGACAGGUUUCCAUGGCUUCACUCACGUCUGUCUAGUAUAUCCAAAAAUGACUUCCAAGUCCAGGACGAAGAAAGCCCUCUGCAACAAGGAUUUCUAUAUCAGAUCUCUUAAAUACCUGGGGCUUUCAGCUUCCUCUCAACAUGACUGUUGGGGAACUGCCCCACUUGAAAGAUGGGUCUACCUAAGGAAGCUGCUGUGGGGAAAUCUGGAACAGCGAUAGUUUGUAGACAACUGACUUCCCAUCUGUAUGGAGGAACAAUUCUACAAGCUAGGACAGCUAUACCGUGAUGGCGGAUGAUGAAGAAAGCAUGGAUUAGGUCACUCUGUGCAACCCUGUAAGGUAUACCGAGUAGGACGUAAGAUGACAGAGCAAAACAUAGAGAAAGUAAACUGACUUUUAUAUGAGAUGAGAAUGAAAUAAAAAGCCAUCUUCCCAGAACAGAAGAAGGCAUCUAGGUAUCCCCCAGGGAUGACAGGAAAGAGGAAACACAUUUUUCACUCUUGGAUGUAACCCUGAAGACUUCAGAGCUCCCUCCUACAUCUUCCCUCAUGUCUCUGCAGCUUCCAGACACUGAAGAUGCAGGAGACCACCUCCAACCCCAAGAUCCUGAGAUACCACAUCAUGCAGCACACACUGGAGCAGACACCGUACUCCCAGGAACAUUCGGUGGUUUUCUACUGCAAACAGACUCGGCCCACGUUCCUGCUCUUUGGCAGCUCCAUUGAGAGUUCCGGAGCCACAAAAGCAAUUUCUGCCUGAGAGUUAGUUCCACAGGCAGGCAGGUGCCGCCCUCAGGCUGGAAGGAGUGAGCCAUCACCUGGACCAGGUACAAAGUCCCAGAGAGGAAGGAAAGGAUGCUGAAAGGUCCUCCCGGUUAUUGUACGUGUCUGUAUGUCCUUCCAUUCUCCAGUCUUGCACGUGUCUGUAUGUACAUCUCGAUGUCUGUCAGCUUGCACUCAAGGACGGGAUGGAAACACUCAUGGACAGUCUGGCCCUUGCAUGUCAGAUUAUGAUGAGAAGACUUCCAAUGUCUGGCACCUAAUCACUCCUGAGAGGGAGGCAGCAUUCACAUCCUUGCCCACAGUAUGUUCCCUGAGAAGUGCUAAGAAACAAUCCCAUGCCCAGAGCCACUUGGCUUCUUCUCUUCCAAGCUGAUAUCAGUGGCAUUGGGCAAAUAUUAGGAAUUCAGAUGGUAUGGCAGUAUACUUAAGUGACUCCAUGAAUUCCACCAGAGAACUCCUAAGCGUAAUAAAGAACUUCAGCAAAAUGGCUGGAUAUAAAAUUAACUCAAACAAAUCAGUAGCCAUCCUCUACUCAAAGGAUAAACAGACUGAGAAGAAAAUUAGGGAAACGACACCCUUCACAAUAGUCACAAAUAAUAUAAUAAACCUUCGUGUGACUCUAACCAAGCAAGUGAAAGAUUUCUAUGACAACAAGAAGUUGGAAUGCCAAAGAAUGGAUGCUUCAGUCCUUCUUAAAAGAAGAACAAAAUAUUCACAGGAGGAAAUACAGUGUGGAUAAAGUGUGGAGCAGAGACUGAGAGAAAGGCCAUGCAGACUCGGUCCCACACAGGGAUCCAUCCCAUAUACUGGAGAGUAGAACUGCCCUUCCGUAAAUGUGAUUUCUACCACAGCACAGCGAAGCCGGCGUAGAACUAGAAGGAUGGAAACAUGAGCACCAUGUACUCAGUGCCCGACUGCUCAACAGCAAAGAGCAAGCUCCGCUCUCAUCCUGCUGCAAGUCCUGGGGAUCCCCAUCCAGCACUGGGGCUUCCUCUAAUUAGCUCAGUCCCACCUGACAUCGUCGGUGGUCGAGACAACUCUGGUACCCAACUGGAGUCCAAACAAGGCUAAGUGAAGCUGCAGUUUGCCCAUCCUGGAUUCACAGACCCGUGGCAGUCCAGACAGUCUUGUAUUACUCAAAAUCUCCACAGUGCCGUGGUCCAAACUGUCAUCAGAGUCACUUGAUCUAAGAGACAUGAACCUGACAUGCGCUCCUGGAAGGCCACAGUUGUCCCUCAUGCUUCUCACCUUGUUUCGCUCUGUAACCCCAGAAAACUGUACACAGCUCCUGUCAUUAUAUUCUUCAGUUUGGAGGGGGGAGCACUAGAGACUUUAAAUGGCAUGUGCAAGGUCACACAAGUAGUCCUUGGUGUUGUGAUCAGCUGGGAAUUGAACUCAGGCAGCUGAACCCUAGAAACUGUACCUUUAACAUGCACCUGAAACUCCAAAGUGCAUGCCGCUGAAAGGUAAUUUGCAGUAUAAAAUGGUGGUUUUGUUGUUAGUGCAACCAUCUGUCCUACUAGGGCAUAAGCCCUUUGUUGCCCUGGAUGACCAAGCCUUGGGCUGGGACUCAUGGAGGGCCAUGCUAAGAAAUGUCCCCCAUUGAAAUAACACCAAAAGAAGUGGAAAUAGGAGUGAUCUGGAUAAGAAGGACUGUAAGAGGUUUUCAUACCAGGCAGGAAUUAGGUGGCUGCACACGGGAGCCCAGACAGCACUGUGAACUGUGAGUAAGGACCCACAGUUGGGUAAGGAAGGAAGUACACUCUGGAGAAAAGACAGGGCUUAGAGACAAGGUGCUGGCUUAGAGAGAGAAAUACCUAAGUUCCCUCCUCUCUUCUGCUGAGUUCCAGAGCCAUGGGGUUGGCACAAAGGAGCUUGGCACUGGGCUGCACGGCCAUCAUGUCAGUUCUACAGAUGACCAUGGCAGGGAACCCCAACUGGAUGCUGAACGGCAAGGCCCAGGUGUUGGCAGACCUGAGCGCCCAGGAGAUCCAGGCCGUGCACAGCAUCCUGAUGAGCAGGACAGAGCUGGAUCUGCAGCCAUCAGACACACGGGCUUUAGACAAGAAUUCUGUGCUCCUCAUUGAGACACUACUGCCCAAGAAGAAGGAUGUCCAGGAGUUUCUGAAUAAAGAAACCAACCCUCCUGUGCGGGAAGCCCAUGUCAUCAUUUUCUUUAGUGCCCAGGAGCACCGUAAUGUCACUGAGUUUGCUGUAGGGCCCCUGCCACAGCCCAUCUACAUGAGAGAACUGUCCCCCAGGCCUGCGAAACAUCGAUCCUGGGCAUCCAGACCCAUGUGCAAAGCAGAGCAAAGCCUUCUCUACCACAAAGUCAAGGAGGCUAUCACACCCUUACAGGAGCUUUUCCUUCACACCACCGGCUUCUCAUUGGAGGAUGCAAUGGCCAGUGUCUGACCUUCACCCAUUGGUCCCCAUAGUGUGGAGAGAGGCUGUGCAUAGCAUUCUGAUGAGCAGGGUAGAACUGGA